ACCGCAUGUCAUUGGUGAGCGCCAGUGUAGCCGCUGCCAGCCAAGGCGCUGCUGGUGCCAUCGUUGGAGCCCUGAUCGCCAGUGUCACCGACCCUGUCACCAACAGAGUACUCGUAGAGAGAUGCUCUCUCAAACAGGCACUUGCCGAAGUGGACGUGGAAAAGUCCGUGAAGUACUUCCAGACCACUUUGCCCACCAACUUUAUCAAGUUCCCUCUUUUUGAAGUCCUCAACGAGCUCAUCCGUCGAGUCGACAUUCCCAAGGAGCUGCGUGGCGUUAUUACCGGCAUCAUUUUCACUACGGCUACCCUUCCCAUUACCAACUAUCGCUUCAAUAAGUCCAUGAACAGGGAGGUGGCACUCACCGACCCUUCCCUUUGGACAGCAUAUCUCCCAACUGUGGUUCGAGAUGUCAUAUACGCUAAUUCACGCAACACCAUAGCUGCUUUUAUGGCGAGGACAUUCCCUCAAGCAUCAGAGUCGACCAUCGGGCGCAUUUCUACCAUGUUCGUGACGGUGGUUCUGGCUUGCAUCAUCUCUGCUCCCGGAAACGAGUGGAGGGGAUACACUCUACAGAGACCCGACAGGAAAAAGAGCCCGAGGGAGUUCUUCCAGCUCGAGAGGUUCUUAAGGUCAACCAUCGUGGGCGCCUGUGUGAUGGGCACGAGCCUUGGCGUGGCAACGGUUGUCGGCCCUCCAGUGCAGCAGCUUCUACCCAAAUUAAAGGAUCCCAAGGUAUUGCCAAUCAUCAUUCUGGCGGCAGUAUACUUCGUGGCUAAGAAGAAGUGUUGUCGCUGUCCCUUCAGCAGCCAGGAGGAAGAAAAGGCGGCCAACAUGUCGGAGUCCUCUUCUGCUUGA